GUUGCCGGAAGUAGCAGUGCCGGGGGCGUGCAUGGCAUGACCUCUCGUGUGUCUUAUGAUGAAACCUGUAUUGCCGUGGCGGACCUGAUGCAGAGGACCGUUUACGUCGCUGCGUGCGGGAAGCUGCGCGGUUUUGCAGCGGGCACAUCGAGGAUCUGCCCGUGGAUGAGAUCCGCCGCCCACCGCCAGUGCUCGUUCAUGCACACGCACACGAAACAAGAAUGGACGAAACAAGAAUGGAGAGCGUCGAUGAGUUGGUGUCGGCUGGAGGGACGGCGGACCUUUUCCGCUGGUCAAAGACUGUACAGCACGGGCGAAGAACACCCAGGCAUCACGGUGGUCGGCAUCCCGGACCCCAUCACCUGGAUAUACUGUAAAGUAACCAUGUACCUCAUAGAGGUGUGUUUUGAACCAGGCAUCACCUCCGUUGACUUUGACAGAGGGGUGAAGCAGGCACUGGUUCACAUCUCCAACAUAAUGUCUUGUGGCAGAUUUGACGAGCUGAGGGGCAUCAUGUCAAAUGAGGUGUUAGAGUACAUUAAGAAGAACUGUAACUCUUUAAACGUUGUUCAGAGACAACAGCUCGCCAUCUCAGCGGAUGAUAUAUUAUUCAUGCUGCCUGAGGACGUGAGUGUUAUCAUUGACCAGCAUGGUAGGAAGUUCUGCUUCGUGGUCAUGAGGUUCUGGUUCCUGUCGACAUUUAAAGGUCCCGAUGACCCAGAGGGCACCAAAAUCUUCAGCAUCACCCCCACAGACGACAGCACGCCAAAGAAAAUAGUGACUGCUGUUUAUGAAUUCCAGCGAGAGCUGACAAGAGGGUCGUCACAGGACUGGAAGGUCACCCAUGUUUGGCACUGGCAUUGGAAACUGACUGAGUGAUUCGAUGAGGCAAUUCAGUGAUUUUAAAAAAAAAAAUUAAGUAUUCAUUGGGAUUCAGGAACAGCCAAGCAAAGACUCCAUAAAAGAAAACGUUGUGUAACUGCUAAAACACUCCUUACUUUAAGGUCCUCCUUUGACCCUCAGACACCAGACCCUUGGGCUGACGGUUUCCUUCCAAUGACCUCACCAACAACUUUUAAAAUGUGAAUGAAACUGCUUGAGAAGACAAAGUUGGAAAAAUUACUGUUUCCUGAUAACCAAAGGCAUGGCUGUUCUGCCUGACUGUUGUUUAUCUGAUAAAGAUCUGGACCCGGUUUUGAGUCAGGAUGUGACCGGUAGGUAUGGCAUUCACCACAGACUGACAAUUAGAUGGGUUUACCAAAGAACACACUGAAAAGUCUCUCCUCGCAGAGAAGUUGUGCCUGAGAUGUUUUUAGCCUCUCAGAAGUGUUUAGGGUGAAUAAAUGUGUUUGACAUUGAACAGAA